GAUUAUUUAUAAAUAUAUAUAUAUAUAUUCCCAAAUCAUAUCUAUAUAUGCAUAAAUAAUAAUAAUCUUAAUUAAUAAUUUUAACUAUCCAAAUACGUCAAUAUAAAGGUUAUACGAAUUUUACACUUAUAAUUGUCAAAAAAAUUUUCACUUCUUGUUAGGUUAAAUUCUAGCUUAGUUGUAAACGUGUCUUUUAUUUAUUCGCAUUCGCAACAUUCACACAAAGGUGAUCCUGUUCCUGUGGAACGCAAUUUAAUAAUUAACCAGUUAUGUACCAGCAUCUCCUCCACUAUAAACGUGAUCGGUUAAAGUUAGUGUGAGCGUGAGUCCAUUUGACCACACGUGACUAUGUGGUUAAAAAAAAUAAAUUUUCCCAUCAAUUAAGUUGCGAACUAAAGAUUUAUUUAAUUUAAUUAAACAUUUACGAAAUGGGUAACGAACAAGCAAAAGAAGAUUUACAAGAUACUUCUCUACCUCAAAAUACUUUUAAACCUAUGCAAGGGAAAUUUCAAAAAGGUGUCCAAUAUAACAUGAAAAUUAUAAUACGUGGUGAUAUUCGAACCGGAAAAUCAACUUUGUUUAAUCGAUUACAAGGAGGUCCAUUUAAAGAAGAAUAUGUAACAACGCCACAAAUUGAAGUUGCAAAUAUACAAUGGAAAUAUAAUCAAGCAAAUGAUAUCAUCAAAGUAGAGAUUUGGGAUGUAGUUGAUAAAGGAAUCAAUCCAACACCUAUAAAUAGAAGACCUAAUCUAUCAGAUGGCACGGGUCUUAAAAUAGAUAAUAAUCAAGGUCCAGUAACACCAACUUCACCUGCACGAUUAACAACAGAAUUAUCACCGGAUCAAAUUGCACUAGAUGCUGCAACAAUCAAUGUAUAUCGAAAUACACAUGGUGUAAUCUUAAUGUUUGAUAUAACAAAGAGUUGGACAUUUGAUUAUGCUAUUAAAGAAUUAAAAGUAAUUCCAGAGCAUAUGUCUAUAUUACUUUUGGGUAAUUUUGGUGAUUUAAGUUCGCAGCGGUCGAUUACAAGAUCACAAAUUUAUCAGUCUAUAGCUGAUUGUAAUAGGCUUAGAGUAACUGAGUACCCUCCAGCAAACAUGAUUCGUUAUGUUGAAACAAGUAUGCUUACUGGAUUUGGAUUGGAAUAUAUAUAUAAAUAUUUGGGCAUCCCUUUCUUACAAUUGCAAAAGGAUAUACUCCGUCAACAAUUGGAAUUAAAGACAAAAGAGCUAGUUACACUUUUAGAUACACUUGAUGAUAGUGAACAUAUUUCUGCCUCUGCUCGAAAGCAACAUAGUAUAACAAAUGAUAUUCAGGAUCCUAAACGUAUAUUAUAUUUUAUAAAUUUUUUUUUUUUCAAAUAUUUUAAUAUGUUUCUUUUUGUAAAAAAAUUAUUAUUAUUAUUUUAUUAGUAGAGGUAGAACAAGAACAAGAACAAGAUAGAUUAGAGCUGGAAAAAUCUGCUUUGAAAGAUUUAUGGGACAAAGAAUUUCGUGUUUUAUCUCAACAAGAAUCUGGUGAAUCUGUGGAUGAAGAAGUGAAAUCCACAUCAUCAACACCGCCGGCAUUAAAUUUAGAUCAACAUA